AUGGCGCCCAAGGGAAAGAAAGGCAAAAAGGGCAACGACGACUGGGACGAAGGCCUAGGCGAGACGGCCGACCCCAUCGCGCAAGCAGAGCAGGAGGCAAAAGCUGCCGAUGCGGCUGCCGAUGGCGAAGAUGACGCUGCCGGCGGUGGCGGUGGUUUGAUGGCCGCGUUGAAGAAGAACAAGGAGAAGCGGAAGAAGAAGGGCAAGCAUGUCGAUAAUGACUUCCUUGAAGGCGAGGAUCCUACGCAGAACGGUGACGAUGCUGGAACUCCUGUGCCGGAAGCGGUGGAUCUCAGCGCCAAAGCGCCUGAAGAGGCGACGAUGGACGAUGAAGAUGCUUUUGCUGCGCCGGUUAAGGGGAAGAAGGGCGGGAAGCAGCAGCAGCAAGCGAAGAAAGCGCCUGAGCCCGAGGCUGAUGGAGACGGCGCUGAUGACGAGGAAGACGGGACAGGACGUGUCAAGACCAAGGCGGAGAAAGAGCGGGAGAAGAAGGAGCGGGAGAAGCAGCGGAAGAGGGAGCAGGCUGCGGCCAAGAAGAAGACUGCUCCGACACCGAAAGACGAGCCGAAGGCUGUAGAAGCACCUGUUGCGGCUGAGGCUGCUCCUGCUAUCGAUGCCUCGGCCGGUGGCAAGAAGAAAAAGCUCAACCCCGCUCUUGCGGCCCUGCAGAAGCAACAAGAAGAACUCCGCCUCCGUCAAGAGGAGGAAGCACGACUGCUGGAGGAAGAGAAGAAACGGGAUGAGCAAGAGCAAGCCCGCAUUGCGGAGGAAGAGCAGAAGCUGGCGGAAGCAAAGGCGGCGAAGAAGGCCAAGGAAAAGGCUCGGGUCGAGCAGCAGAAGCGCGAGGGCACGUACAAGACCGAGAAGCAGCGUAGAGACGAGGCACAGCAGAAACUCCGCUUGCAGCAGAUGCUGGACUCCGGUGCCAAAGUCUCGGGGAUUGAUAGUCAAGACGAUUCUGCCGCAAAGAAAGCCAGCAAGGAUGAUCGAAAGAAGAGAAAUCCUCGCAAGGAGGCGGAAGAGCGGAAAGCACAGCAGGCGAAAGAGGAAGAAGAGGCACGGCAGAAGAUGGAGGAGUUGAAGUUGCGAGAGGAGCAGGAGAGACUUGCUGCUGAGGAGGCCGAGAAGGCGAAGGCUGAUGCCGAAGCCAAGAAGGCAGAGGAGGCCGAGAGCGAGCCUGAGGAUUGGGAAGCGCUCGCCGAAAAGGAGGACGGCGACGUCAAAGACAGCUGGGAUGCGCCAUCCGAUGAAGAGGGUGCGAAGAAGCAGGUCAAUGGCAAGCCGGCAAGCGAUUCCAAAGCGACCGCUAAGCAAUCCAACGGCAAGGCCCGUGAUGACAGCGACUCCGACUCGGACGACUCAUCUUCGGAGGACGAGAGGCAAACCGUCACAGCCAAGCAAGCCGCACUCAAACGACAACAAGUAACUGAUAGACGGCGGGCGGAGAUGGAAGCAGCGCGAGAUGCAGCCUCCAAAGACGACCUGCGCUCCCCGAUCUGCUGUAUUCUCGGCCACGUCGACACCGGCAAGACGAAGCUUCUCGACAAGAUCCGGCAGACGAAUGUGCAGGAAGGCGAGGCGGGAGGUAUUACGCAGCAAAUCGGUGCGACGUACUUCCCUGUCGAAGCACUGCAGAAGAAGACGAUGGUCGUCAACCAGGAUGGCGCGUUUGAAUUCAAAGUCCCGGGUCUACUGGUUAUUGAUACGCCCGGUCACGAGUCGUUCACCAACUUACGAUCCAGAGGAAGCUCUCUCUGUAACAUUGCUAUUCUGGUCGUGGACAUUAUGCACGGUCUGGAGCCUCAGACACUCGAGUCGAUGCGAUUGCUCCGCGACAGGAAGACGCCGUUCAUCGUUGCGCUCAACAAGAUCGAUCGUCUAUACGGCUGGAAGCCGAUCGCCAACAACGGCUUCCGCGACAGUUUGAGCCUGCAGAGCAAGGGCGUGCAGAACGAAUUCCGUGACCGUCUGGAGAAGACCAAGCUGGCUUUCAGCGAGCAGGGCUUCAACGCCGAGCUGUACUACGAGAACAAGAGUAUGGCCAAGUAUGUCUCGCUGGUCCCGACAUCCGCGCACACGGGCGAGGGCAUUCCGGACAUGCUCAAGCUGCUCGUCACGCUCACGCAGGAGCGCAUGACGAGGCAACUUAUGUACUUGUCGGAAGUGGAGUGUACGGUGCUGGAAGUCAAGGUGAUUGAAGGGCUGGGUACCACGAUCGAUGUGGUCCUGUCCAACGGUAUCUUGAACGAAGGCGACCGCAUUGUGCUUUGCGGUACAGAAGGUGCAAUCACCACCGACAUCCGCGCGCUUUUGACUCCGGCGGAGAUGAAGGAGCUGCGCGUCAAGUCACAAUACGUGCACAACAAGACUGUCAAGGCGGCGCUGGGAGUGAAGAUUGCAGCCAACGGGCUCGACAACGCCAUUGCCGGCUCGCGUCUACUCGUUGCCAAGAACAAGGACGACGAAGACGAGAUUGAGGAGUUGGAGGAGGAUGUCAUGGGCGAUUUGGAGAACCUCAUGUCCAAGAUUUCCCCGACGAAGCGCGGUGUCACCGUGCAAGCGUCCACGCUUGGUUCGCUCGAGGCUCUACUGGAAUUCCUGCGAACAUCGAAGAUUCCCGUGUCGAAUAUUUCCAUCGGCCCCGUGCACAGACGCGACGUCAUCACGGCGUCGACGAUGCUGGAGAAGGCAAAGGAGUACGCGGUGAUGCUGUGCUUCGACGUGCGCGUGGACAAAGACGCACACGAGCUGGCGGACCAGCUCGGCGUGAAGAUUUUCACGGCCGACAUCAUCUACCACCUCUUCGACGACUUCACCAAGCACAUGAAGGCGCUGAACGAGGCGAAGAAGGAGGAGAGCAAGAUGUUGGCCGUGUUCCCUUGUGUGCUGCGGCCUGUGGCUGUGUUUAACAAGAAGGAUCCGAUUGUCGUCGGGGUGGAUGUUGUCGAUGGGAAUCUGCGACUCGGUACGCCCAUUGCCGCCGUGAAGAUGAAUCCUGUGACGAAUGUGAAGGACAUUGUCAGUUUGGGAAGAGUAACCGGCAUCGAACGCGACCACAAGCAAAUCCCCAUCUGCAAGCGCGGCCAGCCUUCCGUGGCGGUCAAGAUCGAGGGCCCCAAUCAGCCCAUGUACGGGCGGCAGUUGGAGGAGAAGGACAUGUUGUAUUCGCAGAUUUCGCGCGCGAGCAUUGACUGCCUGAAGGAAUUUUACCGCGAUGAGGUGGAGAAGGAUGAGUGGGCGCUGAUUGCGAAGCAUUUGAAGGGGUUGUUUGAUAUUCCGUAG